GAUGCAUGUUAAUGUUCAAUCCAUAUGCAACAAAAUAGUGAACUUGGAGUUGCUCCUUGCGAAAGAGCGUCCAUCAAUUGUUAGUAUUGUCGAGCAUUGGUGCAGCGCCGAAAAAUUAAGUUCCUACUGCAUAUAUGGUUAUGUACAAGCAGCGUCAUACUGCCGCCUCAAUUAUGGACAUGGUGGUACUGUUCUUCUUGUUAGAGCUGACCUAUUGGUGAGUGAUAUUGGCAUCUCUAAAAUGUCUGUUGAAAAGCAAAUUGAAUUCUGCGGUGUGAAAGUUAAUAAUUAUGGUAGGAAAUAUUGUUUCAUAAGUGCUUAUAGAGUACCAGAUAGUGACUUUGACCUUUUUCUUGAGAGACUAUCCUUUGUUUUGCAGCACUGUUUAAAGUUAGCUGACAUUAUAUUUUUGUGUGGUGAUCUCAAUAUAAAUUAUUUAAUGUCAACUUGUCCACGUAAGCAACUUCUUGACGAUUUACUACAAUGUUUUGAUUUGAGGGUUACUUCCUCAGAUCCUACUAGAGUAUACAUCAAUGUUAACAAUCUAAAAUCUGUAUCCAAAAUUGACUAUAUUCUGACGAAUGCACCGUCAGACUCCUGCAAUUCUAGAACUUUUGAGGGUCAUUUAGGUGAUCACAAAGUCAUUGCCUUGGAUUAUAUUAAUGAAUCAACUGCAAACGCAAAAACAGUUCAUGAGCGAGGAUUUGUCAGAAAUGUAUCACCUCGUUCAUUAAAUAAUCUUGCUUUGUUUAUGGAAACUGUAUCCUUUGAUAAUAUUUUCUUGAGUCCUGAUAUUGAUGUGUGCUUCAGAGCUUUUUUUGAAAUUGUUAAAUAUUGUAUAGACUUAAGUUGUCCCAUGAUUCACUCUAGAUCCCCAAAUGAAAUAAAUAAGAACUGGAUAAAUGAUGAGAUUAAGAAAUUCAGUAUAAAUUUGAAAAAUUUGAAUUGGCUCAACAAAAAUUUGAGAUCGAGUGAAUCAUUUGGAAUUUACAAGCAAGCUAAGACUAAUUUUAGGAAAUUGUUAACAAAAACAAAAUGUGAAUUUUAUCAAAAUGCCAUUAAUUCAUCCACGAAUAAAACUAAAACUGUUUGGAACUUGGUAAAUAGGGAAUUAUGUAGGAGAGGUGCCUCAAAUAAUACUAUAGGUCUGAGUAUAGAUGGAACAUCCUAUACUGAGCCUUCUGCUGUUGCUAAUAUAUUUGCAAAUUAUUUCAGUUCCAUUGCGCAGGUCAGUAUAUUGAAUCACUUUGGUAAUUCUGUGUCUCAGGUUUGCACCACAUCUGCCCUUUCGAUGAACACUUUUUUCUUUUAUCCAGUCCUGAGAGAAGAGAUAAUUCAAAUUGUGAAGACUUUAAAAAACAAGAAAAGUACAGGAAUUGACCAGGUAUCUGUUGGCAUAUUGAAGGCGAUGGUUGAUGUUGUUGCCAAACCUUUGGCUGAUCUUAUAAACUUAUCUGUCAACACAGAUGUUUAACCUAUAUCAAGGAACAUGAACAAUUAAUGGUAACAUUAUCCAGUUUUCAUGGUUACUCUACCAGAAAUAAUGCUACUUUGUACAUUCCAUCACAUACAACAGCCAAAUAUGAAACUUCCCCAGUAUAUCAGGCCAUAACAUUGUUCAAUCAUCUGCCUAAUACUGUUAAGUUGCUCAAUAAAAUAAAAUUUA